UUCUUUCAGUUUGUAGUUUCUUAUUUUAAAAAGGAUUUUUUCUUGAAAACUUCUAACUUUUCGAUGGGAAGAGGAAGAAAAAGACACUUUCGUCACAAGAAAAAAUCUGAUUUCAAUAAUUCAGAUAAUCAAUCUGGACGACCUUUACGAAAACCAUACAAAGAUAUCAUAAAAGAAAAUGAAAAUUUUGAAAAAUACUACAAAGUGCAAGAGAUAGUACCUGCCGAAGAAUGGGAUGAGUUUAUGAAAUCUUUAAGAGAAGUUCUUCCUGCCACUUUUAGAAUUACAGGAUACAGAGGGCAAGCAAAGGCCCUUUUAAAUAUUAUCAAAGGAAAAUAUUUCCAAGAUUUAAUGAAAAUUAAAGAUGAUAGUCUAUAUUCAUAUAAACCUUUCAGCCUACAGUGGUACCCAGGAGAUCUUGCUUGGCAGAUGAAACUGUCCCGUGUUACCAUUAGGUCUUCUGAAAGUCUUCGUCAGCUCCAUAAUUUCCUAGUUUCUGAAACUGAAACAGGAAAUAUUAGUCGACAAGAAACUGUUAGUAUGAUUCCGCCCCUAUUACUGAACAUAGAGCCUCAUCAUAAGGUGUUUGAUAUGUGUGCUGCACCGGGAUCUAAAACAGCACAAUUAAUAGAGUUUCUUCAUCGAGAUGAAGGAAUUAUUCCAGGUGGUCUGAUUGUUGCUAAUGAUCUGGACAAUAAAAGAUGCUACAUGCUUGUUCAUCAAGCUAAAAGGUUAAAUAGCCCUUGUUUAAUAAUUACCAAUAAUGAUGCUGCAAACUAUCCAAACAUUAAAGUCACUGUUAAUGACAAAAAGACUCACUUGAAGUUUGAUCGAAUUUUAUGUGAUGUACCAUGUAGUGGUGAUGGAACUAUUCGAAAAACUGCAGAAAUUUGGAAUAAAUGGAAUGCAGCUAAUGGUAACAAUUUACAUGGAUUGCAACUGCGCAUUUUAAGACGAGGUCUUGAGCUUCUUGCCCCAGAAGGACGCAUCGUAUAUUCUACUUGCUCUCUUAAUCCUGUUGAAAAUGAAGCUGUAAUAGCCACAAUGUUAUCAGAAGCUAAAGGAUCUGCUGAAUUAUUAGAUGUUAGGUCAUCUUUGCAGGGUUUGAAGACAUGUCCUGGACUUUCCACAUGGAAGGUCGCCAACAAAGAACUGGAAGUAUUUGAAAGAUUUGAAGAAGUUCCUGAAAAAAAUCUUACACACAUUAGGCCUCAUAUGUUUCCCCCAGAUCCUGAAGUGGUUAAAGAGAUGCAGUUGAAUCGAUGCAUUCGAAUUUUGCCUCAUCAUCAAGAUACUGGUGGAUUUUUCGUUGCUGUGAUCCAGAAGAAGGAUAAAUUGCCUUGGGAAAGAAGCAUAGAUGAAAUUGAAGAGUGUCUUAAUAGAAGUCCUAUACUGAAGAAGAGAAAAGUAAGAGGCUAUAAAGAAGAUCCAUUUGUGUUUCUAGAUGAUACGGAAGACAUGCUGCCUACAAUUAAAGACUUCUACAAUUUAGAAAAUUUUCCUACUACUCAGCUUUUAAGUAGAUGUAAAGAAGGUAAAAAAAGAAAUUUGUAUUUUACAUCUGAUAUUGUGAAGAAUAUAGUUGAACAAAACAUUGAUAACAUAAAAAUUAUCAACACUGGAAUAAGAGUACUAUGCAGAAGUGAAAAUAAAGAUGCUACAUGCACAUUUAGAUUAACCCAAGAAGGCAUUUCUACUAUGCUGCCUUUCAUGAGGGCCAGAAUAAUUGAUGUUUGUAAGGAGGAUAUCAUCACCUUGUUGUCCCAUGAGUAUCCUGCUCAUACACUUUUUACUAAAGAUAUGCAAGAAAAAUUGUCAUUAAUAGAAUCAGGAUGUAUUAUUCUACGUUUCACUGGAAAUAAAGGAGCUGAUGAUGAAUUCAGAAUUGAUCUGUGUAGCUGGAAAGGAAAUCAAACGAUAAGGUGCUAUGUACCUAAAGUUGGAAGGGCGCAUUAUCUCAGGAUAUGUGGAGUUGAUGUCACUGACUACGAGAUGCGAGAUAAAAAGAAAUUUAAGUUAAAGGAUGGUGAACCAGAAAAAAAUGAUUCUGAUAAAGAUAUUGAAAAUGAAAAUGAAGAACUUCCACAAAAUGAAGAUGAUACAGAAACAGAAACUCUAGAUCGUGAUCAAGAAUCUGAGAAUAAAAAACAAAAUGUAGAACAUAUGGAUAUUGGUGAAGAUAAUGUAAAUGAUAAAAAUUGUUUAAAAGAUACAAGUUGAUAAAUCUCUAUUUUUAUGAAGAAUGAAAUCAAAAUAAACUUGUUUUAUGUUUGUA